CAAUUAAUGAUCAAUCCUAUAACUCCUUAAAUCCUUUAAUCUCUAAACUUAGACCUCCAACAUCUACUACUAAAACAACUAAUGACAAUAACAAUAUGGAUAUCGAUGAUAAUAAUACCAAUAAUACUAAUAGACACAACUCAGCAGACAAUACUGAAAAAGAACAACAAUAUAAUAACAACAAGAACCAAAUGUAUAAUGCACAACAACAACAUAUUAACAACCAAGAUCAAACUGACAAUAACAAGUAA